UUGAAUUGCAAAAAUUCGUACACCACAGACCACACCACCCAUCUUUAGCAACGGAGUAUGGAUAUAUGGACAUUUCCGACCCUAAAAAAGUACACCACAAAGCAACCCAAAUUUCCCAACUCCAAAGCCAACGCAUAUCGAUCGAUCCGAGGCUUUCUUGAGGCUAAAGUUCCUCAAAACUCGUUUGCCCAAAAGUGCCAAUACCAGAACGGUAAUGUCAAAGUUUGACCCCUACGCUCACCUCGACAUAGCCAUCGGUCCUGACGACAUUGUCACUCGCCGACUCAAAUUCCCGACGAUCAAGGCAAACCUUAAUGUUGAUCCCGGCGACCCCACGGUCUCCAAGGACCUCACUAUCAAUGUCGAGACUAAAACAUGGGUCCGCGUCUUUUUGCCAACAAAAUUGCCUUCCAAUGACAACAUUGUCGCCCGACUUCCUAUCAUCGUCUACUUCCACCAUGGAGGUUGGUUUCUCUUCGGCGCCGACGACUCCUACACUCACAAAGAAUGCUCGCGAAUCGCCAGUAACAUACCAGCCAUUGUCAUAUCAGUUAACUACCGCCUCGCGCCGGAGAACCGACUCCCAGCUCAGUACCACGACGCCAUGGACGCCAUCUGUUGGGUGAAAAAUCAGGCAACAAACCCAAAAGGUGAGCAGUGGCUAAGAGAUUACGGAGACUUCUCCAGGUGCUAUCUUUACGGUUGUGGAAAUGGCGGAAACAUGGUGUUCUUCGUGGGUAUAAAGGCUUGUGCGUCGCAAUUGGAGCCAAUGAAUAUUGCUGGAAUGAUAAUGAACCAACCCUUGUUUGGGGGUGAAGAGAGAACCAAAUCGGAGCUGAAUCAUGCUGCAGACGAAAUCUUGCCAUUGCCUGUGCUGGACCUCAUGUGGGAUCUCGCUUUGCCAAAAGGGGUGGAUCGGAACCAUUGGUAUUGCAAUCCGAUGAUGGUAAUGGGCCCACAAAAGGGUAUGAUCUGUAGGCUACAGAAGUGUUUGGUAAUGGGAUCCUUCGGAGACCCAACGAUUGACCGGCAGCAGGAGUUCGUGACGAUGUUGGCAACGUGUGGAGCCCAUGUGAAGACAUGGUUCGAUGAUGUUGGGUCCCAUAAUGCUCAUCUAUGGGACUCUCGGCGUGCCACCCUUCUUUUAAGCAUACUUCAAGAAUUCAUUAUUGGAUGUUAGCUAGUUUUCCUUUAACGUCUUACUUCCAGUUCUUCUUGAGCGACGACGACGUUUAUUAACCAAUGGAUUUCACA